CUGUCCAUGUGCUACUGCCUGGGACCGGGUCCCCGACGUUGCCGCAGGUGAGUGGGGCACGAUGUGGCCACGGGGACUGGAGGGGCUGUGCUUUCUGCUCUUGCUUGGAUGCUCUGAAAGAGGGAAGGAAUGGUGAAUUUUGAGGGUUUGCACCCACCAGUGUGCCGGGUGCCACCUCCAUCCAUCUGUCCUCCCUGCUUCCACAGCCCCCCGGUGCUGGGAGCAUCCCCUGGUGCUGGGUGUGCUGGGAGCAACCCCUGUGCUGGAUGCUUCCCCAGUACUGCCUGCAUCCCCAGUGCUGGGAGCAUCCCUUGGUGAUGGAAGCAUUCCCUGGUGCUGGGUAUAUCCUCAGUGCUGGGUGCACCCCUUAUGCUGUGAGCAUCCUCAGUGCUGAGAGCAUCACCCAGUGCUGGAUGUAUUCCCAGUACUGGGUGCACCCCCUGGUGCUGGGAGCAUCCCCUGGUGCUGGAUGUUAUCCUCUGGUGCUGGAUGUAUCCCUGAUGCUGUGUUCUUGCCCCGUGACCCCUCUGCUUUAUGCCCUCAGGCUGCAGCAUGCAGUGUGGCUGCGUGGCCCCGGGGCUGCCCGCCCUGCCUGGCUCCUACUGGGUACCAGGUCUUGCCUUCCCGGAUUGGGCGUAUAAAGCCGAGUCCAGCCCUGGCUCGCGGCAGAUCCAGCUCUGGCACUUCAUCCUGGAGCUGCUGCAGAAGGAGGAGUUCCGCCAUGUCAUUGCCUGGCAGCAGGGCGAGUACGGGGAGUUCGUCAUCAAGGACCCCGACGAGGUGGCACGGCUGUGGGGCCGGCGGAAGUGCAAGCCCCAAAUGAACUACGACAAACUGAGCCGAGCUCUCAGGUAUUACUACAACAAGCGCAUCUUGCACAAGACCAAGGGCAAACGCUUCACCUACAAAUUCAACUUCAGCAAACUCAUCUUCGUCAACUGCCCGCUGUGGGACCUGCGCUGCCCCCCAUUGCUGGCGGGCGCCGUUCCCCCCACCCUGCCGAGCCAGCUGCUGCAGAACGCAUUGCUGAGCCGGCGGGCGCUGGCGGAGCCGCUGGGUUGGCACCGGGGUCCCCGGCACCCGCUGCUCCCCGAGGCACCGGAGAAAUCCCGUAAGUGUGGGGCACUGACGGCCCACGUGCAUCAGGCACGGGACACACACAGCAUGCCCGUCCUGGGAAUGAUGGCGGUCACCGGUGGGGGUCGGAGGCAGUGGGUGCUGGGGGCCAAUGGGUGCCGCAGCUCUCCCCCUGGGUGCAGGCACGGAGCCCAGUGCAAGGGGGCCGCAGCCGUUGCCGGUCCCACAGCAGCACCCAGUGGCUGCAGCGGGGAGAAGGGGGGGCCGUGGGUGCUGGUGUGGGGUGCACACGGGGGUCUCAGUGCCUGGAGGCUCUCACGGGGCUCUGUCUCUUUGCCACUCGCAGGGCUGAGCACCGUGUCCCCCCCGUGCCUGGGGGGCUCCUGCUGCCGCCUGGGGGGCCCCGAGGAGUUCCCCCGCUUGGCUGCCUUCCCCUGCCCGCUGCUGCCCCCCCCGCUGCGGGAAUGGGCCCCCUUCCCUGUCCUGCACCCCCCACCGCACCCCACACCGCUGCUGCCCCCCCAGCUGGGAGCCCCCUCUCCUAUGGGGCUCCCCAAAUCGGAGCCGUUCCCGCUGGGCCCCCGUUGCCCCCCUGGGCUCCUCGGUGGCCACGCCAUGGCUGGGGGGGGGCUCACGGGCGAGCAACCUGGGGAGGACGGCGAGGAGGAGGAGGAGGAGGAGGUGGAUGAAGGCCGGCGUGGCACAGCCAUGGUUCAGAGGGUGAAGCUGCAGCUGGAGGGCAGAGAGAAGGGCAGCAGCGGGCUGUCCCCUGCCAGUUUCACCCCCCCACAGCAUCCCGUACCCCCACAGCCCCCCAGCUGGCCUCUGCAGCCACCCUAAGGUGGGUGCGCGGGGGCACAGCGGCCCCCAGACCCCAAGACACCCACACUGACGGAAAUAAAGAGGUUUGCAGAGGGCUGUGGUUGUCUUGCUGGCAGCACCCCAAAGCCGCCGUCACCACUGACCCUCCGGGGUCUGCUGCUGGGACCCCUCCAUGCCAAGGGGAUGUGGGGCACAAUUUGGAGGGCGGGGGGGAGGGGGGUGGAGGGGAGGAGGAGGAAGGACUUGGGGGACGAUCCCAGCAGCCUCUGCUAGGAAUUCCCGGAAAACGGCCCCAGCUCAUUUUCAUUUUCACUUUUCCACAUUUUCCCUGCUGGGAAAUUUACAGAGGGAAAAGGGGACAGGGGGGCAGAUGGAGCCUCUCCCCAACUCUCCAUUUUGAGGCUUUUGUGCCCCAUUCGCCAUCUCCAGUGGCACAGAACACCUGUGGGGCUCCCGGGGCGGCGAGGGCUUGGUGUCACCCCUGGGACCCCACGAAGCAGAAACCCCAAAAUCUGCAAAGCAACCUCAACACUGGCAUGAGAUGGGUGCCACCAGGACGUGGGGUACCCCAUAGCCAGGGUGUGUCUAUGGGUCUGCAGUACUGAGGCUGUCCCUGUGGGUCCCCAAAUCUCUGCUGUUCCCUCAAGUUCCCCAUAUAGGCUCUGUCCACUUCAGUCACCAAAUCCCUGCUGUCCCCAUGGCUGCCCCAUACUUGGGUACCCACUGUGUCCCCCCACACCCAUCAGUCCCUGCAGGUCCCCACAUCAGUGCUGUCCCCAGGAGCCAUCCCAUACCCUGGCAGUCCCAAACAUCCCCCAAACCCAUGCAAUCUCUGCAGGUCCCCAAAUCUCUGCUGUCCCCACGGGUGCCCCAAAUCUCUGCUGUGCCUGUGAACGCCUCAAAUCUCUGCUGUCCCUAUGAGUGCCCCAAAUCUCUGCUGUCCAUGGGUGCCCCAAAUCCUUGGUUGCCCCAAACUUGGGUGCCAAAUCUGGGUACCCAUCCUGUUCCCCUGCUCCAUCAAUCCCUGCAGGUCCCCAGAUCAGUGCUGUCCCCUGGAACCCUCCCAUACCCUGGCAGUCCCAUACAUCCCCCAGACCCAUGCAAUCUCUGCAGGUCCCCAGAUCUCUGCUGUGCCUGUGAACACCU